CAAUGCAAAUGGGAAAGCAAAGCACAAGAGAAAACCCAACCCAACUCAACCCAACCCAACCCUACACACAACAAAAACGUUUCACAUAAACAUCAAGAGCCAAGACUCAGUCUCAAAAGGCAGCAAAAAACCAAAAACCCCAGAAAAAUCUCUCUCAAAAUCAAUGUCCCCAAAACCCCACUCCCUCUCCCUCUCUCAGUCUCUGAAGAAGGAGAAGAAGUACAGUGGGGUAUUUGGGGAUGUGUACAGUAUGGCCAUUCUUCCCAAAGAGCUUGAGCUUGAGAAGGAAUCACACCCAAAAUUCGAUCUCCGGUUUCAACUCCCUGACCUCACCCAACCCUUCAGAGAAUUCUCAAGGACAAGAGAAGUUAGAGAGUUCCUUAGUGGAGCUUUAGCAGGGGCAAUGACCAAAGCUGUUCUUGCUCCUCUUGAGACCAUCAGGACUAGAAUGGUAGUUGGUGUCGGAUCUAGACACAUUUCUGGCAGUUUCUUAGAGGUCAUUGAGAAGCAGGGUUGGCAAGGACUGUGGGCUGGAAAUGCAGUCAAUAUGAUUCGCAUAAUCCCCACCCAAGCAAUUGAGUUUGCAACAUUUGAGUGUGUUAAGCGAGCAAUGACAUCAACACAAGAGAAAUGGAAGCAGGAUGAAUCCCAUAAGGUGCAAAUUGGCCCUGUAAGCUUGAACCUCUCCAUCUCCUGGAUUUCUCCUGUUGCUGUGGCUGGUGCUGCUGCCGGAGUUGUUAGCACACUUGUGUGUCAUCCCCUUGAAGUUCUGAAGGAUCGGUUGACUGUGUCUCCUGAGGCGUAUCCUAGUUUAAGCAUUGCAAUCAGCAAAAUUUAUAAGGAGGGUGGGAUUGGUGCAUGCUAUUCUGGUCUUUCACCUACACUAAUUGGGAUGCUUCCGUACAGUACUUGUUACUAUUUCAUGUAUGAAAAAAUGAAGAAAUCCUACUGCCAAGCAAAGAAUAAAGAGUUACUUAACCGUCCAGAGAUGCUACUGGUUGGAGCUCUUGCAGGUUUUACAGCUAGCACAAUCAGCUUUCCGUUGGAGGUGGCCAGGAAACGGCUGAUGGUUGGAGCUUUGCAAGGUAAGUGCCCACCUCACAUGGCAGCGGCACUCUCAGAAGUCAUUCGAGAAGAAGGUUUGCUGGGACUCUACAGAGGGUGGGGGGCAAGCUGUUUAAAGGUCAUGCCAUCCUCUGGCAUCACCUGGAUGUUUUAUGAAGCUUGGAAGGACAUAUUGCUUGUUCAGAGGAAUUCCUUAUAAGUUAUAACAAACUCAAGCAAGAUUUCACAUAGGAUCAUAGUUAAAACUUACAUGGAGAUCUCUACUGGUCGAAAUUACCAGGUGGGAGGUGUCGACUAAUUCGUUGAAGUGUCGUCUAGGUUAUUUUACACAGGCCUAGUUUGGUUGGAACUUGGAUCUUGCCUCCCUUUAGUAUAAGUGUUUAUUUUGAUUUUUCGAUUCUUUUCGUUUGGGAUUGGUUUCCCCAUGUUCUCUUUUUUUUUUUCCUCCAAAGCCUUUGCGCACCAACUGGCAGUUGAGCUUCAAUUCUGUGCCAGACAAAGAACAUGUACUGAUAAAUGAUAUAUUUGUGCCCUUAAGAUUCUUUUUCCCUUUAUA